CUCUUCGUUUAUUGAAUUUUCUAAAAACCUUUUGGUCUGCCCAAAAUUUCGUGAUUCUUAGCCCAAAAAUAUUGAAUUUUAAUUUUCUAUUUACUGUUUUAUUUUCUGAUUUAAUUUUAAAUUAUUUUCUUUGAGCCCUAGGCAGCUGAGUAUUGCUUCAUCUACUCUUUCUUCUUCUUUAGCCGUGAGCCUUUGCUUCAUUGAAGUUCUAAAUCUCUGCUUUGCUUGCUGCUGCCGUAGUGAUUUGCUGCUGCUGUCGGCUCCGGAUUACAAUAAGAAUGGACAAGUUUCAUCAAACAGAUUGCAUUGAAAUUUUAUCUCAAAUUAAGCAUCAAGAGAAGCUGCUUAAUCUCAAAAGAAGGUGGUUGAUGGGACUUUCGAUUUCCAGGUCGAAAAAGAAGCAAUUCAAGGAACCUGAGUUUUUCAAGUGCAAGACUUUGCCUGAAUCUUUUCUGAGGGAGGAUGAUAUGUUCUAUGAGAUUAUUAAAGCUCAUGUUCAAGAUGCCUUCGGAGCAAGCAAUUCCAGAAGAGGAAAUCAUGUAAUUCAAGAUGAUGUCCAAUCAUUUGAUGCAUCCAAGAUAACUGGAGUUCUUUUCUCAUAUCUCGAUGCUUUGACUAAUGAUGGGCUUCACCUUAUUGUUAUGAUACUUUCAGGUGGCUCAGGAAUGAUUAAGAAAACUCAGUGCGAAAUGAUAAAAGCUAUUAGAGAAUCUUUGCCAAGCUUUUUAAGCAAUAAAAACCUUGAGCAUGAACAGAAGACCUCUAUUAUGCAGCUAUAUAAAAUUCUCAAUGAUCCUAAAAAUUUCCGGAACAAUACUAUGAAACCAAUGACUCCAACAUCUCUGUUUCAUCAUGCUGCUGCAAUCCAGAUGCUGGAUAGGUUAGAGGAUUUGCCUUUCCAGACCUUGAUUGCAAUGGAUAGGAAGCUUAGUUGUGUCAAAACUGUGCCCCAGUUAAAGACACAUGAACGGGGUCAGAAACGGAAACGUUUAGUUCAGAAAGUGGGUAAAACCGCUAGAAGGAUGCUUAUGGAUCUUGAUGAAGAGGGGAAACUACAAGGGCCAUUAGCUAAAGCAUUGGCAGUAGCAGAAUUAUCACUAAACCUAACUAUGGGUUGUCAAAAUUCCUCCACGACAAGCUUUCGCCAAUUCACACCAGAAAUAGUAAGCUUGCAGAAUGAUAUUGUGAAGGCUAUUUGGACUCUUAAAACGAAGGCUAGAUUCCCAGAGCUGAAAGCCUUACAGCUUUUGUUGGAUCCAAAUAUUGAAAUAGCAACUCGUUCUUUAAGAGGAGCAAUUAUAAAUGCAUUAACAGAGUUCCUCUUUGAGUGCAGUGAUAUGGAUACAAUUCCCAAGUCUUUCUUAGAAGCACUUUCUGUUAUUAACAGAGAUUCCCGAUCUUUGCCAAACAAGAUUUCCCGAUCUUUGCCACAUCAAAGCUUCCUAAAGGAUGAAAUUGAAGAAGAGGUGGAAUGUAUACUCAGCGUGAGUGCUGAGAUGAAACAAAUUUUUUGGGACUUGCUUCCUGAUCACGAGUUGGAUGAGGAAUUUGCUGAUGCCUAUGGGGAAGGUUUAGAAGGAAGUGAUGAUGAUAGUUGUAUUGAGGAUAGUGGUUGUUAUGAAAAUGAUUGGAAAAUGGUUAAUAAGGACUUAGAGAGUUGUAUGUCCCAUUCUGUCAAGUCAAUUGAGAGAGAUGAGGUUAUACAGGACGUGAAAAUGGAUCCAGAAUAUGCCUCGAGUAAUGCGAAAAGUAGCGAAGAUAAAAACAGAGUAAAGAACAAGGCCUCUUUCAGUUCACCAAGAGGAGAGUUAAAUUGCCAAUCAAUUGAGAGAGAUGAGGUUGAACAGAAGAUUGGAGUGGCUCCAGAAAAUGCUUCGAAUGAAAGGUUUGCAGACAACAAAACAAGCAAGUGCAGAAAUCGAUACCUUGCCAUCCAAGAAGCAUGUGAUGAAACAAGUUUGGUUGCACACAAACUAAUUGGUCGGUUACUGGAAAAGUUUGCUAAGGAGCAGGAUAUGGAUUUAGAUUGGAGUGAUAGCUUGUAUCUCGGAGGUGACUCUUCAACUCAACAACAUAUUCAAGGACAAGAAAAGAAGCAGAAAUUGACCGAGGAGGACAUGGGAGAUAAUCUUAUCGGAACACUGAAGGAGCUUAUGCCUUUUGUUACAAAGAGCCUGCCAGGGCAUCAAAAUCGAAAGAGUUGAUGGAGGCAAAUUUUAGGUGCCCUUUUAUUAUAUCGGCGCAGAUUUUCUAUCGCAUCCAUCUUUAUUGAUUCAACACAACCUAUUCAAAUUCAUUUAUUUGAGAUGUGGCUUGGCUUACAAGGAUAAAAAAUCAAACACAUUCACGUCUUCACUGAUUCAUUGUACAGAAAAGUAAUUGCUGGUCAGUGGUGAGGUGAGUUAUGAUCAUCUUGCUUGCAAAUCCGGGUCCCCAUCCAAACGAUGCGCUUAGGUAAUCGAAAUUUUGUAAAGCUGAGACCUAUAUAUUGUUUCACAUUCAUUCGGAAUUCGGAAAUAUUCAUUUAUUUUAACAUGUACUUCUUGUUAACGAGUUCUCUCUCCUUGAUAGAAUGCUCGUGGAAAGAAUUAAGGAAGCAAUAGUUAGUUACCCUCAAAAGUUUGUUGUCAAUUAGUGUAUACGAUGUCGUGUUUAUGUUAUUUUCUUGUAUCGUAAUUGUUUUAUGACAUUAUAUGUUUUUCAAAA